CUUAAAUCAAGUGAUAAUCGCCGCAAGUGUUGAGACAAUUGUCGCAAAGAAUGCCGGAAUCGGAGAACUUUUCGUUUGACCGCAAGUUCUUGAAGCGGUUCCUAAGGAUACUGACCGUAAUCCUGAGGGGAAAGUCAUCUAUGAUUAUACUAUACCUGCUAUUCGUGACCAUACUAUACGAGACUGCGGCCUAUAAUAUAGGUAUGAUAACCGGCACCUACUAUAAGGCGUUGGGGGAAAGGGAUGUGACGGAGUUCUGGCAGCAGACCAUCAAAGCGCUGGUUCUGAUUGCAGUGAUAGCUCUGCUGAAGAGUAUCCAGAAUUACAUCGCGUCGUCGGUGUACUUGGAGUGGCGCCGACAGCUCACCGAUCGGCUACUGUCCCGCUAUAUGCAGGGGUUGGCCUACUAUGAGCUGAAC